GGGGGUUUGAGCAUAGCCGCUGCGGCUUCGUUUUCGAAGAAUUUCUCCCCGGAAAGGUGGGAUUUUGACCCGAUUCCGCCUUGUUUCCACCGAAUUUCCUGAGAAUUCGAGGCGGCGGCGGCGGGAUUUUGAAGGGGGUGGAGGGAGAAAAAGGAGGUAUUUGUGGGUUUCUGGAGAUUUGUGAUUUGAGAUGGGCAAGCCGUCGCUGAAGAAGAAGAGCGGCGGCGGGAAGUCCGGCGACCAUGGCGGCGGCAAGCCGACGAUGGAGCGGUCCAGCUCCAAGGUGCUCGACGGCGACGAGACCAUCUUCACGGACAUGGCGCAGGAGCUCAAGGAGGAAGGGAACAAGCUGUUCCAGCGGAGGGAGUACGAGCGCGCGCUGCUCAACUACGAGAAGGCCAUCAAGCUGCUCCCCCGGCCGCACCCCGACGUCGCCUACCUCCACAGCAACCUCGCCGCCUGCUACAUGCAGAUGAGCCCCCCCGACCACUACCGCGCCAUCAACGAGUGCAACCUCGCCCUCGACGCCUCGCCCAGGUACAGCAAGGCGCUGCUCAAGCGGGCGCGCUGCUUCGAGGCGCUCGGCCGGCUCGACCUCGCCUACCGCGACGUCGCCAAGGUGCUCGCCGUCGAGCCCAACAACCUCACCGCGCUCGACGUGGCUGACCGGGUCAAGAAGGCCAUGGACGAGAAGGGGAUUGUGCUGGGUGACAAGGAGGUCAUGCCCACGCCGGAGGAGGUGGUCGCCGCCGCGCCGAAGCAGAAGCCGCGCAAGAAGAAGGGGCGGAAGGCAUCUGCCAAGGCCGCGGCAGCGGCUGUGGAAGAAGAGGAGGAGGCGAAGGCAGUGGAGCCUGUCAAGGAGGUGGAGGAGCCACCGAGGCAGGUGAAGCUUGUGUUCGGUGAGGACAUCAGGUGGGCGCAGGUGCCGGCGAGCUGCAGCAUGGCACAGCUUCGCGAGGCUGUCCGGAGCAAAUUUCCUGGGCUCAAGGCUGUUCUUGUCAAGUACAAGGACAAAGAGGGCGACCUGGUGACAAUCACCAACCAGGAUGAGCUCAAAUGGGCCGAGGAUUUGGCCGAGCCAGGGAGCUCGCUUAGGCUAUAUGUCACCGAGGCCAACCCAGAGCAUGAACCUUACCUUGAUGACUCCAACAGCGGGCCAUUGGAGAGAAAUGUGAAUUCGGACAAUGGAAGCACCAGAAGCAAUAGGCAGGAUGAGGAUAGGAGCACGGUGACCUGCAUUGACGAUUGGAUUGUGCAGUUUGCUCGGCUUUUCAAGAACCAUGUCGGGGUCAGCUCUGAUGAAUAUUUGGACCUCCACGAGGUCAGCAUGAAGCUGUACACUGAGGCUAUCGAGGACACAAUUACUACUGAGGAAGCCCAGGAGGUGUUUCAACUGGCUGAAAGCAACUUCCAGGAGAUGGCUGCACUCGCAUUUUUCCAUUGGGGUAAUGUUCAUAUGUCUCGAGCCAGGAAGAGGUUGUUACUGCCAGGAGACUCUUCACAGGAAUUGGUACUUGAACAAGUGAAGGAAGCAUAUGAAUGGGCAAAGGAAGAGUACAACAAGGCUGGGAAGAAAUAUGAAGAAGCCGUGAAGGCAAAGCCAAACUUUUUUGAAGGUUUUCUUGCACUUGCACAUCAACAAUUUGAGCAAGCAAAACUGUCUUGGUAUUAUGCAAUUGGUAGUAAUGCAGAUCUGGACACAUGGCCCUCAUCUGAAGUCCUGGAACUCUUCAAUAAAGCUGAGGAUAACAUGGAGAGGGGUACAGAGAUGUGGGAGGAAAUGGAAGAACAACGCCUGAAGAAUCGGUCAAAACCUAGCCAGGAGAAUGCCGUGCUAGAGAAGAUGGGCUUGGAUGAAUAUAUAAAAGAUGUAUCCACCGAUGACGCAGCUGAACAAGCUUCUAAUAUGCGGUCUCAGAUAAACAUUUUAUGGGGCAUGCUACUUUAUGAACGUUCGGUUGUGGAGUUUAAAUUAGGCCUUCCAAUGUGGGAGGAUUGCCUGAUGGCAGCUAUUGAAAAGUUUAAACUUGGAGGAGCUUCAGCUACGGACAUCGCUGUGUUGGUUAAAAACCAUUGUGCCAAUGAAACUGCCCAAGAUGGUUUGGGUUUCAAGAUCGAUGAAAUUGUGCAAGCCUGGAAUGAAAUGUAUGACGUUAAGCGGUGGCUGCGUGGUGUCCCAUCCUUCCGCCUUGAGCCAUUGUUUAGGCGGAGAGUUCCACAAUUGCAUACUGCACUGGAGCAUAUAUAGUAUACAUCAAGUUGCUCCAACACUUAUUUAAUGUCGGGGCAUUGUUACCAGCACCAGUUUUCUCUUUUAGGUCAAGUUCUGCACUGGAUACAGUAUAUGGAUUUCUUGUGCUGCAUUUUUUUAUACAUCGAAGAGUCUUGCUUCUCGGUUGUGAAGCUUUUCAUAGAAACCUAUUCUUUGCACAGGGCUGGAGCACCUUUGCAAUCUGCAUACCUUAGUUCUUGUUUUCUCUUCUGUCUACUUUGUCAUGCACAGGAAACUGUGCUUUCUUAUUGGAUUAUGGCCGCAUGUGUCUGUGGUCUGGUAAUCCACUGCUGGAGGGUGUAUUGGUGGCAUUCUCCUUUUGUUUUGUGGGUAUUUUGUAUACAUGCCUGUUUUGCAAACUCAAAUUAGGCUUGUAAUACGAUUACAUUUAUUGUUAUUGACAACAAGAAAGAAAGAAAGAAAAGGUCCCAAAAAACUCAUCUCAUUCAGAUGAAUGAUUCUGGAGAUAUCCUUAUUUCAGAACAUGAUAUGCAUAUUUUGUUUGUGGGGUCCGAGAGCGGUUGUAUAAGUAUUGCGCGCGGAAGGUUGUAUAAGUAUUGCGCGCGGAAGGAAGUAGACGAAAAUGAUUUUGGAUUCGAAAUAGGCACAUUUUACUAAGU